AUGAACAAUUCGGCCCAACCUCAUCAGCCCCCCUUUCCCAACGGGUUGACACCAGGGCAAUCAGCAUUUAAUAAUUCAAGUCAAUCCUCAUUCAAUACUGCUGCAACACCACCUCCGUCUUAUGAAAGUGCCAUGACUGGCAAGUUCCCAAAUCCAAUUCCAUCAGGGACACUACUACAAGGCUCUGGAGGAAUGAACUCGCUACACAUGCUAUCUGGUGGUCAGCCUCUCGGUCAAACAUCUGGUAUCUUGUCGCAACAGCAAUUCAUGGAUGAGGAGAAGGUGUAUCAGUUGAUUCUGGAUUUGACAAACCCUGCUACUCGAGAGGCUGGAUUGCUCGAAUUGUCAAAGAAACGAGAAGCAUAUGAAGAUUUGGCUCCCAUACUAUGGCACUCUUUUGGUGUAAUGGCUGCUCUAUUGCAAGAGAUCGUAUCUGUAUAUCCAAUGCUGUCACCUCCUACACUCACAGGACAUGCAUCCAAUCGUGUAUGUAACGCAUUGGCUCUAUUGCAAUGUGUUGCAUCACACAAUGAAACUCGAGCAUUGUUCUUGACUGCACAUAUACCACUGUUUCUAUAUCCAUUCCUGAAUACUACGAGCAAGACUCGGCCAUUUGAAUAUCUUCGUUUGACGAGUCUUGGAGUCAUUGGUGCCCUCGUCAAGAACGAUAACUCUGACGUUAUCAACUUUUUGCUAUCAACUGAAAUCAUCCCCUUAUGUCUUCGUAUAAUGGAAACAGGAUCCGAACUAUCCAAAACCGUCGCCAUCUUUAUCGUACAAAAGAUUCUCUUGGACGAUAUGGGUCUCAACUAUAUAUGCCAAACAUAUGAACGAUUCUAUGCUGUAGGAACAGUCCUCUCAAACAUGGUUGCCCAAUUGGUAGAACAACAAUCCAUUCGACUCUUGAAACAUGUCAUCCGAUGCUAUCUCCGUCUUUCUGAUAAUCCUCGAGCUCGAGAAGCUUUGAGACAAUGUUUACCUGAACCGUUAAGGGACUCGACGUUUAUGCCUAGCUUGAAGGAUGAUAUCACUACCAAACGAUGUCUACAUACGCUUUUGAUGAAUCUGAAUGAAGGUGGUAUGCCAGUAUAA